AUGGAAGACAACGGCCUCCGCCCCUUGAACCGGUACAUCACCACCCACGACGCCAACGGCGUAACUGGGUUUCAGGAGCAGCUACCAGACUCCCUCCAAUGGCAACAGCUCGCCAACGGCGCACGCUUCUCCCUAGGCUACGCAACAAACGAGAUCCCCGUCGAACUCAGCGAUGACAAGGACCUCGACGUAUACCAAUCCUACCUCAAAGACCUUCCUGGGAUCACGAUCCCCGGCGGAACGGUCCUUCGCGUCGUCGACAUGAACCCCGCCUCGAUCUCUCCCAUGCAUCGUACGGUCAGUUUAGAUUACGGGGUUGUUCUCGAGGGAGAGGUUGAGCUUGUGCUGGACUCGGGUGCUACGCGGUUGUUGAAGCGGGGGGACAUCGCUGUGCAGCGGGGGACAAACCACGCGUGGAGAAACCCGAGUAAGACGACGUGGGCAAGAAUGCUGUAUGUUUUGCAGGAGGCGAAGCCAAUUCAGGUCAAUGGGAAGGAUUUGGAGGAGGAUUAUGGGGGUGGGAUGGAUGAUGUCAGGCCGUCGAAAUGA